AUGAAGUUGGGGAAUGAGACCCUGGUGUCCCAGUUUCUUCUGGAAGGGCUGACUGACACAGAGGAGUUGAGGCCCUUGCUCUUUGCAAUUUUUCUGCUGGUCUACAUAGUGGCUGUGGUUGGGAACCUGGGCAUUGUCAGCCUUGUUGUAAUGGACUCCCGACUUCACACCCCCAUGUACUUCUUCUUAGCCAACCUUUCACUGUUGGACACUGCCUAUAUCUCCAACACAGCGCCGCAAGUGCUGGUACACCUGCUGGUACCAGUGCAGACCAUGCCCUAUCGUGCUUGUCCUACCCAGAUAUUCUUUCUGCACUUCCUGGCUCCCUGGGAGUGCUUCCUGCUCACAGCCAUGGCCUACGACUGCUAUGCAGCCAUCUGUCAGCCACUGCACUACCUAGUCCUCAUGGGCCAAUGGACCCGGACAAGACUAGCUUCCAUCUCCUGCCUGCUUGCCUUGGCCGAUGCACUCACUCACACCAUCUUUGCAUCUCUACUCAAGUUCCGUGGGCCUCGCCUUAUCACCCACUUCUUCUGUGACCUCCCGCCACUGAUCAAACUCUCUUGCUCAAGCAUGCAGGCCAAUGAACUUGCCCUGUUCUUCUUCAGUUUUGUGGUGGCUCUUGCACCCUGUGCCCUGGUUGUGAUCUCUUAUAUACACGUCGUGGCUGCUAUUCUCAGGAUUCGCUCUGCUGAGGGCCGAAGAAAAGCCUUUUCUACCUGUGGUGCUCACGUCACUAUGGUCUGCGUUUUCUACAUCACUUCAGUUCUCUGCUACAUCCUCCCCAGCUCUGCAUACUCUGGCUUGUGGGACUGGGUGCUCUCUGUGCUGUACGUGGUCCUCACUCCCAUGCUCAACCCCAUCAUCUACAGCAUGUGA